AGGAGGCGGGAGAGCAUCGCGCUCCUGGUCCGCCCACAACUUUCAGCACGAGCCAUUUAGCAGUGUGAGCUGGCCCAGCUGUAGAGCGCGCGGGCACGUGCACGUGCCCCCCUUCACUACCUCUGCACACCCCUACCCACCCACCCCACUCGGAGAAAAUCAUUACCAAAUAGCGAGCGCGAGCGCACGCGGAGCUGUGGCUGCAGCCGCGUCACCGCUGGGCUGCGUUUACGACGUAAAGCACACGAGCGGCACAUCCUCGGCAGAUACGAACAGGCGCGCACCCGCCUUCAAACGCACAACCAUUUACGCGCAGUGUGUCUGAGCCUGCGAGGCUUCUCCGUUUGACUCCUUCCUCCCGGUGACCGUCGGUUAAUCGUUUAAUAUCGAGGGCAGCUGCAGCGGGGGUGAGACCGAGGAGCCGGUGAGGCGAAUCCUGGAACCCCCACCUCUCAUCCGCUCCGUCAAAAUACGACGCACGCGACGACGCCGCGCGGCUGCUGGGAUCUCGAGCGGCCCGUUAGCCUCCGGUCCCGUCUCCAUUCAGCAGCGCUGCACGUAGCCGUGGGAGAACCCGAGAGCAUCCCUCCAUCCCACCCAGCCUAUCCCCACCCCCCUCCCCUCUUUCUCUCCCCCCCCUCUCUCUCUCUCGCUUUCAGCCCCUCUGGACCCGUGCUAUGCCGGAGCUCUAGGGGAGAGAGGAGGGGGGGUCUCAUCAAGCCAGGGACCUGGGGGGGUGGGAGGAAGGAGGCUUUUCGUGGCCGGGGUGUAGACGUACCCUCCGCGUGGCGAGGCGCCUCUGUAUCGGAGGAUGCUGGAAUAGAGCGGCCGAGCGCGGAAGAUGGGAAAGGACCAGGAACUGCUGCAGGCGGUGAAGACCGAGGACCUGCUCACCGUGCAGAAGCUGCUGCAGAGGCCCCGGCCAGGGAAAGCAAAGCUCCUCGGGUCUGCAAAGAAAGUGAAUGUCAACUUCCAGGAUACAGAUGGGUUUUCUCCGCUGCAUCAUGCUGCCCUUAAUGGGAACCUGGAGCUCAUCUCUCUGCUGCUGGAGUCACAGGCUGCUGUCGACAUCAGAGACCAGAAAGGUAUGCGGCCGCUGCACUACGCAGCCUGGCAGGGGAAGGCAGAGCCCAUGAAGAUGCUGCUGAAAUCGGGUUCGUCUGUCAACGGCCAAUCAGACGAAGGACAAAUUCCUCUCCACUUGUCAGCACAGCACGGCCACUAUGAUGUGUCUGAGAUGCUGCUGCAGCACCAGUCCAACCCGUGCAUCGUGGAUAACGCAGGGAAAACCCCUCUGGACCUGGCCUGUGAGUUCGGCAGAGUUGGGGUGGUCCAGUUGUUGCUGUCUAGUAACAUGUGCGCUGCUUUGCUGGAGCCCAAAAAAGGAGACACGACCGACCCUAAUGGGACGUCUCCGCUGCAUCUAGCUGCUAAGAAUGGACACAUAGACAUCAUCAGGCUGCUGAUCCAGGCUGGCAUCGACAUAAACAGGCAGACCAAAGCAGGCACUGCCCUGCAUGAAGCUGCCCUCUGUGGAAAGACUGAAGCAGUGAGACUCCUGCUGGAGAGUGGUAUCAAUGCCACGGUGAGAAACACGUACAGCCAGACUGCGCUGGACAUCGUCUACCAGUUCACUGCAACACAAGCCAGCAAAGAGAUCAAACAACUGCUGAGGGAUGCGUCUGCAGCCCUUCAGGUUCGAGCUCUGAAGGAUUACUGCAACAACUAUGACCUGACCAGCCUCAACAUCAAAGCAGGAGAUGUCAUCACGGUUUUGGAGCAGCACCCCGACGGACGCUGGAAAGGCUGUAUCCAUGACAACCGGACAGGAAAUGACCGCGUGGGCUACUUUCCAUCCACUAUGGUGGAGGUCAUCAGCAAACGCACAGGUUGUCGCGGCUCAGAGGCAAGUCCUCAAAGUUCUCCUACCCCGUCCAGCGGGCCCCAUGGAGGCUCCAAUGAAGAGAUCUGGGUACUGCGCAAGCCUGUGGCAGGUAACUUGGUGCUCCUGUGUAUGAAAGUGUGGUCUCAUAAAUGUGCUGUGUUUGUGUGGACUUGUUUUUUCCAGCUUUUAGCCACCGUCUUGUCUCAGUCUGCCAAAGCGAAGGAGCAUCUGAUGGAGCAAUCCAAGUCUGUGGAUCAGCCUCCAGGCUCUGCCAGCUCCUCUCGGACGUCGAGCCAAUCAGGCUGUCCACUCCACGAAGCGCCGCCUUAUGAUGCCACGGCAACCAGGAAGGGGGAGGGUCCAUGUGAGGGGAAGAGCUCAGAGGCCGUUGUCCAAUGGCUGAGCGACUUUCAGCUGCAGGUCUACGCUCCAAACUUCCUGGGCGCUGGGUAUGACUUGCCCACCAUUAGCCGAAUGACCCCGGAGGAUCUGACCGCUAUUGGAAUAACUAAACCAGGUCACAGAAAGAAGAUAACAUCAGAGAUUAACAAGCUAAGUGUUACAGAGUGGCUGCCUGAGCAUAAACCUGCUAGCCUAGGAGAAUGGCUAUCUUCUAUUGGUCUAAGCCAGUACCACCAGAUGUUAGUGCAGAACGGUUACGAGAACAUCGACUUCAUCACGGACAUCACUUGGGAAGACCUGCAGGAAAUAGGCAUCACCAAACUGGGCCACCAGAAAAAGCUAAUGCUGGCGGUGAAGCGGCUGGCUGAAAUGCAGCGCAGUUCAGAUGGGCGGGGCUCCCUCCGAAAGAAGCCCCCACCAAUCACGCAGCAGCAGGAAGUCAUGUCGAUGGAUAGUCCUCCCCCAGAUGAGGUCAUGUCUCCCAAAAUGAGCACCUUCCAGGACAGCGAGCUGAGCACUGAGCUACAGAGUGCAAUGACCCAGCCAGUUCAGGAGGUCAAAGCUCAGCGAACACGCAGCCUCAGCAAAGACCACGAUGAGGUGCUUACAGGCGGAGGAGGAGGUGGAGGUGGGCCACCUAAGAAGGAGGCCCGGACUAUGAGGCAGCAGAGCAGCCAGGGAAGCGCGUCCUCUCACCGAGGCAGUGUAUCCUCACAAGGCAAACAUCGUCACUCUCAUUCUCACUCGCAGCCUGCACCUCCCUACACACCCCCACACACUCCUACCAAGACCAGGACCUCUUCCUCCUCGUCCACAUCAUCUGUGCAGAGCACGUCUUCCCCACAGGCCAAGCCCAAGCCGUCCCCACAGUUCAUCCAGGGGGAAAGACCUCAGUCACCGCGCUCACAUCCUCCUCAGUCUCCAACCCAUCGCGGAGCCCCGUGUCAGCUUCAGCCCCAGCAGCAGCAACCUCAAAUGCCGCCGCAGCACCAGGCUCACCCUCACCCUCAGCACCACCCACAGAUGCAGGCGAUGGAGGUCAGGGAGAGUCAGCAAGUCCCAGUCCUCUGUCUCCCACCAGAGGCAGAGUUAGCAGAGGAAGAAGGACCAAAGAACUCGUCUGUCCAGAAUAAACGCGCUCACACGCUCAACCGAUACGCUGUCUCAGAUAGCGAGUGCGAUGAGAGAGCAGGAGGAAGAGGAGGGGGUGGAGGAGAAGCAGAAGCUGACGUUGUAAGCCAGAGCUCAGCCGCUGUGAGAGGGGAAGGAGGGAAAUACGCCACAGUAACUCACCGAGUCAGCCGUAGUCACUCCGUACGCAAUCAGGAAAAGGGCGCCAACCGAAACCAGAGCCAGUCGUUUGCUCUCCGUCAGAAGAAAAAAGGCCCACCCCCACCACCGCCCAAACGCUCCAGCUCAGCCAUCUCCACCUCCAACUCCAACCUGACAGAUGCCAACACGCAGCCGAAUACGCUCACCACUACUGGGGGGAUGCUGGAUGUGCCUUACUACCAACAACGGCGGGCCAGCGACCUGGGGGUGUCCGUGGAGACAGCUGCCGUGGAGACGAGCAGCGUUGGCAGUGUGAGGAGCAUUGCCGCCAUGUUAGAGAUGUCUUCUAUAGGGGGAGGAGCCAAAGGCAUGGCAUUGCAGAAGAACUUUUUGCAGGUGGGGAAAACACGCGAUGCCAUUGGUCUGGAUGGUGAGGUGGUAAACCGACGACGAACCAUCAGCGGCCCCGUCAGUGAGCUUGUGGCUGCUGCAAGGCGCGACCAGCCAACUCCUUUGACUUUCCCCUCUCCCUCCACCCAGCCUGAAUCCUCCCCUCCUCCUGUUAAUUCCUCCUCACCCCAACCUCCAUCCUCACCCCACCCCAGCUCAGGAGGUAGUGGCAGCUCUUCAGAGAAUCUGCCUUUUGCAGAGGAGGGAAGUCUGACCAUCCGCCGCCAAGGUCGAGGAGAAGGAGAAGGACAGUGUGUAUUUUGUGUAUGUCUGCAGGGUGACGGCGAGGGUCACCAGGGAGACAGCAGCUACGCCCAGGAGGACAUCUCCAAUGCUGAAGCCACGGCGACCUUAAAACGACGACCCCGCAGUUCCAAGCCCCACCCCAACGGCUCUGACUUCACCCUUCAAGAGUCAUCCACCGUCAAGCGACGACCCAAGAGCCGUGACAAAGAGCCCGAGGGCUACGCAGAGCUGGCCACAGCCAACGGGGAGCCUGCGAACACCGGGCAGCCAAACACCACGCAGCCAGUUCCCUACCAGAACGGCACAGCCACAGUGAAACGCCGCCCAGUGUCUGAUGCUGGAGUGAUCGAGCAACCGCAACCUCAACCUCAAACUCAACCACAAGUGACUGCUGCUCCUCGCAGGGACAGCUUGGACCAAGGAGCUCCAGUGGCAAAUGAAGGUGGUCCUGUGAGGAAACCAAAGCCUCCAGUCUCCCCAAAGCCUGUAGUGGCACAGAUAAAGAGACAGGGAGGACCUCAGACCCCACCGCAGCCUGUAUCCAACAAACGAGUACCCCUACCAGGUCCGGGGACACCUGGAAGUCCAGUGGAAGGAAAGAAGAUCCCUCCACCAGUUUCACCCAAACCAGCGCCACCACCCACAGCGCCCAAACCAGCCAAGCUCAUCCACUCUGUAACUGGCCCCGCACUGUCCACCCCAGCCUCUGCCCCGCCCAAGCAGCACUCUGCAGUGGCCCGACAGACCAGUUCACCACCCUCCUUCCCCCCAUCUAACACUCCCAGCCCGCCGAACGCCAAACCGACGAGCCCUUCCUCCCAGAGUCCCCACACGCCUCAGACACCCACCACACCACAGACACCUCAGACUCCUGCCACUCCCAGCCCAACCCCUCCGCCUGUCAAACCCCCACGAUCCUCCAUCGGGGGGGUGUCAGUGGACAGCGGGAUGUCAGGGGGCGGGGUCACGGCGCCAGCCGCCACGACAACAGAGUUCGGAGUGGAUUCAUUGGUGCACCAGAAGUUGGAGGAAACAAGCGCUUCGCUGGCUGCUGCUCUGCAAGCCGUGGAGGAUAAAAUACUACGACAGGAAGACUCUGUGGCCGAGCAGAAGACCACAGUUAGCAUCCUUGACGACAUCGGCAGCAUGUUUGAUGACCUCGCCGACCAGCUUGACGCCAUGUUGGAGUAACUACAGAAACCAGCCGGUGCGUCUCCUUAGCAACGCUGCAUCAGAAGUGACUCAGUUGGCACAACGGGCAACACGCCUCUCUAUCUCGCACCUUCUCCUCAUCCUUCUCUCUCUCAUCAUUCCCCUCCACCCCUCCCCCGUCCGUCGGUCUGUUGCUGCGCCAUCCCCUCCUCUUCCUCUCGUCUCCUGAUGAUAACGGAGCAGCACCGCAGGCCCGGACAGACUUGGCAAGAGAAGGAGAGAGCAAGAAAGAGGAAUAGAUAGAGAGACUAAAAGAGAAAUGUUGGUUGGGGAAAGGACCAAAGACAAGUGAUGGAGGAGAGAAAAUAGAAAAAACACACAAAUGACGGGAGAUGAAGAAAUGCAACAAAAAGGAGGAGACUGCAAUCAAAAUGUGAGUCUUUAAAGAACUCUUCUGCUCAAAGCGAGCAAAGAAACAAAACCAAUACAGAAUGAAAAACCAACUGUGUAAUGAAUCAUAGUAUGGUAUGUGUACAUUAUAAGCAUGGAGAGUUUAUAUCUACUGAAAAAGUCCUGCAUUAGCACAGUAAUAUAUAAUAUACCGAUAAAUAUGAAUCUUUAGCUCUUUGGUUUGAUGUCUUGGUUCUGUGUGGAAUGGUGACCUCUGGUGUUGUGAUGAUGUAAAUGACUUGAUGGAUUUUUAUUUUUUUUGUUUUUGUUUUUUAUCCGUGACCAAAACGAGACUAUUCAGCUCCUGAGGUGUGUGUGUGUGUGUGUGUGUGUGUGUGUCUGUGUGUUGUGUGCACGCGAGAGAGAGAAGGAGAGCAAUAGGAACAGGGUGGUAGAUGUAUGCAUGUGAGUGUUUCAGGAUCAGAUUGUGUUUCCUGUCCUGGCUGCAUCUCUGCCACAUCUUCGUCAUCACCCUGUACACACACACACACACACACACACACACACACACACACACACACACACACACACACACACACACA